AUGCAAACACAAUCUUCGUGUGAAAUCAUUUGCUUCAUGUAUAAAUUAGAAGUUGAAGAAAAAGUCUUGACGUCUCUCCGAUAUCCAAUCACAUCUUUCAUAAAUUGGGAAGGCUAUAUGGUGCUUGAAAGAGUAAAGAAGUUGGAGGAGGCGAUGACCGAAAGUCAAAAGAAGACGAGAGCAGAAAUAGAGGCUCGUCUCAGGGCACAGAUCCUUGGUGAAAUGGAAGAAGAGAUGGCCUCCAUACGAAAGAGAGAAGAAGCAUCGAAAGCAAAAUGUGCCGCCCUCGAGAAAGAACUGGAAGAGAAAGUUCGGCAAGCCGAUGAGAGUCAGAAAAGGUUGGCAAUAUACUAUUCCCCUACGACUUUCAGCAUAGUAUGCAGUUGUGAACGUUCUGCAGCUGCUAGCGAGCAUGUAUGCCGCAGUGCUUUAUUUCGCAGGAAGAGCAAUGAUGGCUGA